AUAUGCAUGCUUAACAAGAAAACUUUCCAGACUCAGUAUGCAUUUUGGAGCUUCACCUUUUUCUUACUGCAUACUUCUGCUAACCGCUCUGUCUCCUGAAAUUAUAGAAAUGGUGACCUCAUCCAACACAACAGAUCAAGUGCAGUGGGAAAAUUAUGUGCUCAUUGAGCAAUGGGCUACCUGGAAAAAGGCAAAGGAAUACUGUUAUACAAAUUCUUCUGUCUUAGCCAUGCCACCAUACAAAAGCGCGUUCAUGAACCGUACUCAAAUUGCACCUAAUGUGGAGGCUUGGAUUGGACUGAACAAGGAAGCUGCAUCCUCAAUCUGGCGUUGGGCUACUGGAGAAGCACUCAAUAACACCAUGAAUGCAACACAGGAUAAUCAAAACAGAUCUUUGUGCAUGAGUGUCAACACAGCAGGCGACUGGAAAAAUAAGCCCUGCAAUACCUCUUUGUUCUUCAUUUGCAGCAUUGAUGGGCAAAGAAAAGAUAAUAUCAUAAAAGAAAAACAAGGUUCAGAAUCAGCUAAAUCAAACAUUUCCUGCCAUGGUUCUUCAGGGUACACAACUUCACAAAAGAAGAAAACAUCAAAAUCAAAAGUCACUAGCAGGGCCAGUUAUGCCGUAGCCUUCUGCCAUACAGGAUGGAUACCUGUGACUAUUACUUUACUGAAUUCCAUAAUUAGCUUUGUCAAGUAAGACGGAUGGCAACAAAGAUCAGAUUGGGCUUGCCAGGAAUAUCAUUCUGAAUAGUUCUGGGAUAAUAUCUACCUGAAAAAUUCCUGCUGACAAUUCAACCACAGAAGUGCAUCCGUCCAAGGAUAAGCCUCAUUAUAAUUAGUAACAUAUGUUCUGUAGGGCAUUUCUUCUUCCUGUGAUUCAUCCAGCUCUGUCUAACGGAGAUGUCACCUAGGGACCACAUACCAACAUUUUACCCUGCAGUUUAUUGUUAAUUAAGGGCACUAGUUGGACUAUCUACUUUCUAGAAUUUUGCUUUUGAUGCCAUUGAUUUUCUAACUUAGUAGUAAACAAUAUACUCAGCAACUCCCUGCCUUAGCUGUUAUAUGUUCUCAAUCAAGCCCUGGGUUCCAGUUUGAUUAUUCAGGUGUAUAUUAUUCAUAGGUGUACUAGGCAGUCAUCCAGGUGUAGCCAUUAAAUUGAAACAAAGCUGCAAUCCCAUUUUGACAACAAAAGACAAUAGAGCAGAAAAUGCCUGCAAAAACCACUCUGCCUUUACAGCAAGAUGGUGUAUUUUCUAGUUGUGUAGUAGGAAGUGAUCAAUACGAAAGUCUGUUUUCUGCACCUGUCAGAGAUCAUUAAGGUUAUAUGAUGCCUUCCAGUGCCAUCUCUUGCAAAUUCAAACUUGCAUUGUAAUUGUCUCGCUUAACCAGUCUUAACUCUAAAAUGUUGACUAUGCUGUUAACUAUUGCUAUUCUCAGGAUAUGGUUCUGCCAUCUGUUCUGGACAACACCUUUAAAGCUCUUAUUUAGUCAUCACAUCAGACCCUGACCUCAGUUUCACCCUGUUUGGCACAUAUCCUUGCCUUGAUGUUAAUUUCACAAUCCACCAUCUGCUCUUGGUUCAAGCCUAGCAGCUACUUGUGUCAAAAAAGCGAACACCUGAUGUAAGGGCCUGGUCCAUGUUUUGAGGAUAAAUUCAGAUUUAGGCCUGGAUUUCUGCAUUGGGUCUGAAUGCAGCUUUAAAUUCUUUGUUAUGUAGUGACAUUUUUCUUGUUUGUGAAAUUUAGUGUAUUUUGAGCCCAACUUUUGAAGACUUUGUUUCACAGUGAGCUUAACAUUUAAUUUUCUAAUUCAGUGAUCUUCCUUAUAAUGUUUCAAGUACAAAAUUUAUCCUAAAAUACCAAGCCAAAAAUUACUGGUGCACUUUAGCAAUUGUAGGUCAAGAGGAACAUCAUUUAGUUUAAAUAGAACUCUACCUUUUUAAUGCAUAAUUUUCAUUCUUUUUCAACCCCAAGAGGUAGUUAGAUUUCCAGACAUUGACACUGUAUAAAUUAAUUUGCUGCUUCACCAGGUUUCCUAAUAAAUCUGGAGUAAACACCUCUGGAGGUAGAGAUUAACAACAGAGGGGUGCAGGGUUUUAAAAGAGUGAAUCCACUGGCUACAGAAGACUUAAUUAAAUGUGAUACAGCAUGUGCUCUGAGGCUAAGCCUGAGGCAAAAAAGCCUGGGUGAGGCUUAUGUCUGAUUAACUUCUGCUGUGGACUUAGACAAGUGGCUUGUUUUAUACUAUGUUGUGAAAGAAUAUAGGAAAUUGUUGAAUUAUUCCUAGAAGCAUAACAGAACAUAACACAAGCCCACUUGCUUCAAUUCAGGUUGCUAGGGCUGGCACCUACUCUACUAGCUUUAGGUGUAAUAAGGAAGUGAUAAUGGAGUGGACUCCAAACGAUUACAUGAACCAACUAAA